AUGUUCAGACAAUUAGCUAGACAAUCUGCAUCUGUUGCAAGACAACAAAGACACGCUUCCACCACCAUCACUCCAGCAGCCAUCACCAAUUUACAGGGCAGAUGGGAGAAGUUGCCAGAAUCCGACAAGCAACAAUUGAUUGCAUCACUUGCAGAGAAGCAAAAGUUGCCAUGGAACCAGCUCUCUCUUGAGGAGAAGAAGGCUGCAUGGUACAUCUCCUUUGGUACCUGGGGUCCAAGAAAGCCAAUGGAAACUCCAGAGGAAACCGCAAAGAUUUACAAGGGUAUAUUCAUUGGAUUUGCCGUUUCUAGUGCUUUGUUCAUGGCAUACUAUGCAAACAGAAACGUUCCAAAGACCAUGAACAAGGAAUGGCAAGAAAAAUCCGAUGAGUACCUUGCUUCCAAGAAUGCAAACCCAUUCUCCACUUAUUCCCAAGUUCAAUCCAAAUAG